AUGGACUUCUCUGAGACACACCGCCUCCGCGAAAUGAUGGACCCAACCAAGAAGGAUGUAGGCACACAGACGGAUGGAACAGACACACGUGCACUUCCAACCAUAGCCGAAGAAGCCAGAGAAGAGGACAACAUUGAGGCAGACCCGUAUGUUCUAUCGUACCGGGACCCGUGGGACGUAGACCUCAAGUCACCCCAUGAGGAUGGUCCAAGUGACGCCACCAUUGAGAACCGGAUGUAUCGCGACCUGCUCAUCAAGUACCUUGUGGAUCAUAAGCAUGACCAAGAAGAGGCCAAGCCAUUUGUGGACAUCCCGGAGGUUCUCUCAGCGGACCGAAUGAUCCUCAACGAGUCUUGGAAGACAUACGGCAUAAAGAACGAGGAGCUAUUCCUGCUACGGAACAUGCUUAUCAAGGUUGACGGAGUGUACCGAGAAGGCCAUGCUGCCCUGCACAUGAUUUACUUCCCGCACACAACGGAACGUGUCAAGGAAGCGGAAGCAGUGGACCGUGCAGUCACACAGAAAUCCAGUGAUUCCCUUGUACUCAGCGAGCACAACUCACCUGUGUCAUCGGAAUCGCGCUUCCUCCCGCACCUAACCCAGAUGGACAUAGAGGAAUUUAUGGAUGAACUCGAGGCAGACGAACUUAGUGCACACCGACAGCGAGUCAAAUGGGUCACCGCACCAGAGGCAGAAGUCUCAGUCUCGCAGACUCUCACCUCACAGACCCUUGACGACCUCAGCAUGACAGCCGACACGGACACCGCAGACUCGGACCAUAGCAUGGAUGAUGACUGGGAAGAUACCACAUCCAACGGAGAAGUCGCCUCACUCGCUGAAGCACGGAGUACUCCGCCCGUACCACCGAACUCCCCAGCUCUAUAG